UCGAUUGAACAUAUCCAUCCGCAUUUCGACUUCGUAUACAGUAUUGCCUCAUUCUCACACUGAAAAAUAUAUAUAAUGGCACUUUUUAUUUUCAAAUCUUUCAGUUGAAUUAAUAGUUUCCAUAACUGCCAAGAUCAAGGCGAAAAUCUUCUAUAUUCAACGGGCGAACUACUUUUCUUCUGUGCGUCGAUGUUCCAAACAUAGCAUUGUCAUCGAAUCGGUCCAGUCUGUGAGUUUUAUCAUGGCGCAAAAUAAGUAUGAUUUACUUCUUGUAACCACGAAAACAGACAAGACAAUCCGAAAUCAGCCGUGGUACAAAGAGAGACUUAAGAUAAAAUACUUGAAAUCAAGAAAGCCAACAGAUUCAUCUAAAACUUUAAUUGGUUCUGAGUGGUCGUUUUUAAAAUCAGGUUUAGAUGAUUUUAGGGAUGGUUUGCCGCCUCCUGUUGAUGAUGAGGAUGGAGGAUUUUUGAAGGGGAAAAAAGGUCCUGAACCAAACUUGAAGGGGGAUGUGACAAAUCCAAGCCAGACAGUGAAUAGGAAGAGGUUUACGAAGCACCAAGUAGUGUAUUCCAAGGCAUUACCAUUGCAUCAAAUGAGACAGGAUCAUAUAGAAGAGAUGGAAUAUGGACUAACUCAGCAUCCGUUAGCUUUAUAUCCACAUCUAGAAGAGUGUAUGCCACCAGAUGUAUUUGAAGAUGUUGUUGAUAUACUUGACCCUGAAAUGAACCUAGGCAGCGAGGCAGAUGAUGAAUUUGAUGAAUUUGACGAUGCAUUUGGGGAUGAUGGAUCUCAACCACAACAGAUGAAUGGUGACUCAAUUAAGGAUGGUUCUCAUUCACCAGGAUCACAGGACGAUGACGACUCCAAAACUAGAAACCCUUACCGUUGGCUACCAGGCAGAAAAGAAGACAAAGAUGAUAAAAAACAUAGUAAAAAAAGAAGUGAUUCUCCUUCGCAGGAUGGCCACAUUAAAGACGUAACCAAGGAAUUCUGUGACUGGGUGGCGAGUUUAGGAGGAGAAAGUAACAAUGUGGAGGAAGCAACGAUACACAGUUUAUUUGCUAGUGGAUAUGAGACAAAACCAGCACUGUCAGUGCCGAUACAUGUAGUAGAACUUACCAAUGUGCCGCCUGAACUUAGAAUGUCUGCACAGAUCACACCCCAGGGAUCAGCACAGACUAAGCAAGGAGAAGAUGCAUUGAAGGACAAGAUGGGUAGUACUGGUUACCAGCCUAGUUGGAUCAAACAUAAGUACGGUAGUUGGUAUUUAAAUCCUAAGACAUGGAAAAAGAGACCUGCUAAUGAACCACUGCAAGAUCCUCAAGAGCUGAAAGACAAAGAAAUGUCUGAAUCCAAAAAGAACAGCUUGGCCAUGGAUGAGGAGUUAGCACCACUCCAUGGGGCUAAAGCAUUUAAAGAUUUUAUUGAGACCAAAAAUAACAGAAUGCCAGAGUUUUUGAACCGUGUUGCUGAUUUCCAAGAAAAAGCCAAGGCUGCAGCAGAAGCUGCUGCUGAAGAAGCGGCAAAGAAAGCGGAACAAGACAGAUCCAAAAAAGACAAAUCGUGA